AUUGACGAUUUUAAUUUUAGUUUACGAACGCGUUUCAGCAAUAUCUGAAAGAUUUUCAAGACGAUAAAAACGAUUAGUAACGAAUAUUAUUAAAUUACCGAUAAUGACCGAGUAAAAGUUACAGCCGAUUUGGUUUAAAUCCGUGAAAACCAGUUGAAAGCGAGAAGUUGAGUUUAAGCAUAAACGGAUUUAGAGAAAAGAGUCGUGGUGUUAUUGAGUUACCUGCUUGAAUCAGUUUUUGUGCGAAGUGAAUAAUUACCAGUUAGCGGAAAAUAUAUUUUACUUACACGUAGUCAAUAAUAAAUAAAAGAUUAUAUACAAAUUGGUUUACGAAAAACGAUCGAAGAACAACGAAAAUAAAUCAUCCAAUUGUUUUAAACUUAACUAAACAAACGUAGAUGUUUAAGGCACUUCAAAUAGAAUAUAUUAUGGAUUUGCAAUAGGUACUCUUGAUAGAAGUGUAAAUAAAAAAAUAAUCAAAAAUGUGUCAUAUAACCAAUUCAAUGACAAUCAUUAUAACAUUUUAUUCAAUAUCGUGGGCCAUGCCUGGUGACUAUUAUACGCAAACACUAAAAACUCGCGAAGUGUUUCUGAAAAAACAAGGUUUUAUUCAAGGAACUGUAGUGCAACUUCGGAAUUAUUCAUUACCUCCGGUGGAAGUUUAUAAGGGAAUACCUUACGCUGCGCCGCCCAUGGAUCAAUUUCGGUUUAUGCCUCCAAGCAGCAACAUUUACUCCUGGAAAGGCGUAAAACAUAUGAGAGACUUCAAACCUGUGUGUCCACAAAAAUUUCCGGAUGAAAACUCUAUGACAAGAGAAAGAAAGAAUUACGUCAAUAGAUUAAAGGAAUUUCUACGACACCAGAGCGAGGAUUGUUUGUAUUUGAAUAUUUAUGCUCCAUAUCAAGAUCCCCAGGUGAAUUCCCGAACAUACCCGGUGAUAGUUUUUCUCCACGGCGAAUCAUUUGAAUGGAAUUCGGGGAAUCCUUACGACGGCAGCGUUCUGGCAGCCUUCGGACAGGUCAUUGUUGUGACACUAAACUUCAGACUGGGAAUUUUAGGUUUUUUGAAGGUAGAACCAGGAGAGACGACACAUCAAAGCAAUUUCGGCUUGGUGGAUCAAGUAGCUGCCUUAUUGUGGAUCCAAGCUAACAUUGAUGCCUUUGGAGGGGAUCCUGGAAAAGUUACUUUAUUGGGCCAUGGAACUGGAGCGGUAUAUGCUAGUCUUUUAGCUAUAAGCCCUAUGGCAAUUCAUGAGCAAAAUGAACGUUUGUUUCAUCGAGCAAUUCUGAUGAGCGGUACCGCCUUAGCUGACUGGGCUCUUGUCAGCAAACCAUUGGAUGUCUCAAUUCAAGUAGCUCAAAUACUCAACUGCCAAUUAUUUGACAAUUUUGCUGCAUGUUUAAGAAAGAAAAGGUUAGGAGAACUGAUGUCAGCAACUCCGAGAACAGAACCAUACAAAACUACUUUUGGGCCUGUAGUUGAUAACCUUAUAGUACCGAGUAAUCCGAAAAAGUCCAUGAUGCAGUAUACUGAUAUAUUCAAAAGAUUCGAGUUGAUGUACGGCGUUACGGAGAUGGAAAGCAUACAUUUGCCUUUGGGAGGAGACGUGGCGUUAAUUCACGGAAUGCUGGAGAACGAACGAGAUGACGAACUGCAGAAGUAUAUGCGUAUACGUUGCGAGAUGAAGCCCGAGGUGUGUUUUGGCGAAACUAGGGCGAAGUACAACUACGAUAAACCCACGUUUCAGAGGGACCAGGGACCAUCGGGCUGGAUGAGCCAGCAGCCAGACAAAGCAACGCUGGCCAGAGACGAAUUGCUCGACAUCCUCUCCGACGCCAGAACGGUCGCUCCGGUUAUCCAGACGGGACUAUAUCAUUCAGCUUUAAAUUUGCAGUCGUAUUUCUAUGUCUUUGCUCACAAAACACAUUCCAAGGAAUACAUUAGAAACAAAACUCACAAUGGUGAAGAACUGCCGUACGUGUUCGGCGUCCCAAUUGAUGGUCCAAAAUUUCAUUUCGAGGACGUCGCCUAUACAGAAGAUGAAAAACGUUUGUCUAUGUCUGUUAUGAAAUAUUUUAGUAACUUUGCUAAUACUGGAAACCCCAACAUGCCAAAAACUUACUAUCCAGAUCUAGACUACGAAAAAUGGCAGCAGUUCGACAAAGAUUGGGCGAAUUUUGACAAAGACGAGCAAAACUAUAUAAAAUUUGGAAUACCAAUAACUAAUGGACAGUUUUACCGUAAGAAACAAAUCGACUACUGGAAUGAAGUCUUUCCAAACAUAUCGUCCUUUUCUGUUAAAAAUCCCCUUCCAUGGAACAAUUAUGUCAUUGACAAAAACCGUAUGGACAAAUACGAAAAUUUUAAUAAAUCAAAUUUACCAUUCGUAUUUGGAACUGUUCAUAAAUUUGGAUCCCGAAACCAAUCGGACGCUUUUAGAGACGAAAAUGUUUAUGGACACAUUGUAACUGCGCCGCCAGAAGAAGUUAAACAGAGUUCAACAACAGUUAGUGUCUUAAUGGUUGUCGGAGCCGUAUUUCUACUGGCCAAUUUAGCAUUUUUCACAUUUUUAUACAUUAAAUGCAUCAAAAAUAAAAAGAACCCACAAUCUGCGCCUGCACAAAUUUCAGCUGUAGAUGGAAGCACUGGUGACGAGCUUUACGACAAAGAAGAUAAGAGCAUGCUUCUGUCUAAUUGUAAUAUUGUGCAAAUGCUUCGAAGAACGCAACAGAAAGACGACGACAACUAUGAUGCUGUGCAUGUUGAAAAUAGAAAUCCAUCCAAACCCAAACUUACACGAGCUGUAUCAAAUAGCACAAUUGAUGCUCACGCAAAAGUCCGUGAAUGGAUAACCAAUGAAAUUGUUUCCAAAUAUAGUCCAAAAAAUGAUAGAAAACCGAAAAAAGAAAAACAUAAGACUAAUAAGAAAAAUGACAAAUAUCAUUCUCCUAUAGAAAUUCCUCCAAUGGAAAUUAUUGAAACAAGCCUCGACAAAUGCCCAACCAGACCAGUGAGUCCAACAGAAAAUGUCCCUGAUAAAGCAAGACCAUUACUUAUCAAAACUGCCAGUAUUGACAGAUCUAAUCGUAGAAAAAGGGCAGACAGAGUUUCAGUAGCCAUCGAUGCCACUCCUUCAGGCCGAGGACCAAGUGUUCUAAUGCAACAACCGAUUGAACUCACUAAAUCAUUAGACUAUCCAAAAAUAUCUCCAAUACCUCUUAGACGAUCAGUUACAUUGGAAGAUUUUUCUGAAAGAAAAAUUGAACAUCCUUCUUGUGAAUUGCGUAAAAGUAUAACAAAUAUUGAUCUAAAGAGCAUUGAAACCGAACCAACUUAUAUACGUAUUGAGCAUGGACAUUCCAAAUCUGACCCUGUUCAAGAUUUGGAUUAUAAUGCUAUCAAAAAGCUCAGAACCUUUGAUCCCCAUAAUGAUAUAAAUGUAACAUGCAGAGAUGAAAAUUUGGAAAAUCCAGCACCUUUAAGCCCUGAAGAAUCUUUAAUAACUAUUAAAAGAAGAAAUUUCCCCAAAGUUUUACCUGAUCAUCCUGGCAGACAAGCAUUUUUGAAUAAACGUAGAUCAAUGCCAGUUCACAAUAUCUAUAUACCAGUAGUUGAUCUUCAACAAUAUUCAAACUCGGAACCAUAUUCUCCUACUGGAAGAAACCUUAUGAGGUUUCCCCCUGUACCUCCUCCAAGAACAACUACUUUGGGACGUCAGGGCAGUAACCCACAACCUGUUUGUCUUUCAGAACCCAUGCUUGCUGAAGAAGUGCCUUCAUCGCCAGAGCCAGAAGUGUCGUGCAAUAACUUAUAUGUUGGUCCUUUGAUUCCGAAAAAUAAAGUUGAAGAUGAAAGGCAAAAACAACGAGCUAUACCAAGAGCCAUUAUAACGACAAAUCCAAAUAAUCCCAUAAUAAGGUCUGAUCCAAGGGUUGUAGUUAAGCCUACUAUAAGUAGGAAUAAAUCGGAGGAUAAAUCUAACAAUGGUAAGCAUAUACCAAGAGUAAUGGUGUCAGACAACAGGCCAGAAAUAUAUGCCAAACCAGAUUUCCUAAAUUUUAAUGCUAAAAAUAAUGAAGAGAUAAGUGACCCAAAAUCGCCGAAAACCAAAAAAUCCCAAAUACCAACCUUGGUUAAAAGUUCAAACACAAGUUUAAAUAAGGAAAAUUCUAGUUCUGAGUCCAACUCGCCUUCUUCAGGAGAUUCAGACACUGGAACAGUAGUGAAAAGAGUCUAGAAACUGUAAAUAAAAAAAAUAUAUAUAUUCUCAGGUUAAAUUAAAACAUACAUUUAGCUUUUGUACCUUCGAUAUUUCUGUUUUGUAUUAUUUAAUUUUCUAGUUGAUUUGGUAUAAAAAUUGUUACUAAUAUUAUUAAAAUAUAGGCUUAUUAUUAUUUGAAUUUGCAUAAUCUGAAAAGUUGUGCAAAAAUAAUACCUACUUAUGAGAGAUUAAAAAUAAAAUAACUAAGACUUAAAUCAUGUUCAUUAGGCACUGCCUCAUUUAAUGAUUACGUAUAGAAGUUAUAGACUACAAAACCCACGUAUUUAGUGUUUAUUGUGAGGUGUAAAUGCGUGAAGUAACAAAGUCGAAAAACUUUCAGAAUCAACAAUGAUAUAUGGAGUCCUUUAAGCAAUUACUUGGGAAAACAUAAUGUACCUACCCCUAAUUUUUCCGGUGAUAUUAGUUCAAAUAUCAAAGUUAACAUAGUUUGAUGCAAAAAAGACAUUUUAAUCUUGUUUCUCUGUGAUAAAUUUGUUAGAUACAGUUAACUAGAUAUUAACGAAAAAUACUGUCACGAAUUUCAAUGAAUCACUUACAAUUUUGUAGUUAUUUGUAUAUAAAGUUUUAGUAUAAAGCUCUCGUAGCUGAAUUUAGUACCUAUUUCUAGUUGCUUUCUUCAAGCUAGCUAUUGGUGAAUAUAUGUAUAUUAUAUCUUAGACUUUAUUGAAAAUAAAAUUAUUAUUUAUUCAACUUCUCAACAUAUAUUUCAUGAAUUAAUUUAUUAAUAUCGUUAAAAUAAAUACAUAGUAAAUUUCCUUAUAAUUAAGUGUAGAUAUAUUUUUGCUAUCUUACAUAUUGUGUAAAU